AUAAAAAAAAGAACUGCUGUGUGAUGCGCUAUACAACUGCUGGCCAGCUCUGGAACAUCAUAGCACCAAGGGAGUUUGUUGAUUUCUCUUACACUACAAGCUAUGAAGAUGGGCUUCUAACAUGUGGUAUAAGCCUGGACUAUGGAGAGGUGACACCAAACUUUGUCCGUGGAUUCAAUCACCCUUGCGGUUGGUUUUGUGUCCCUCUCAAGGACUCUCCUGGCCACAGUCUUUUGACAGGCUAUAUCCAGACUGAACUGCGAGGGAUGCUGCCACAGUCUGCAGUAGACACUGCCAUGUCUAGCACCCUGGCCAAUUUCUACUCUGACCUCAAAAAGGCACUCAAAGCGUAGACAAACAGUGAUUUAAAAGUCAGCGCAUUCCUUGCAAUCAGAUUAUGUUGUUUAGCUUAGCAUAGGUUACCUACUAAAUUGAGGUAACACUCUUCCUGAAUGACACCUGAACCUUUGUUCCAAAUAACUUUAGCAAGUGCUUCCUGAUGUGAUCAUUGGCAUACAUUCCCAGUGCACAGUGCAAGAUGCUUUUUGCUGCUCAGCACUGUGCAUCUUUGUGAGAAUAGCCUGAAUCUCUAAACUGCCAGCUUCCUCAGUAGAAAGCGCAAGAUGUGUGUGUGGGCUUGAAAAAUGCAGUGUGAGCUCAGCUCUCUCCAGCAGUUUUGGAAGCCAGGUGCUCAGGAUUUUGAUGGUGCAGGUUGCU